CCGCCAAUCAAACCAAAAGAAGAAGAAGAACAAAUAGACGUAAGCGGAAGUGAAAGAAGAAGCUGUGAACCGUGUGUUGUUAUUCUCGAGAGCUACUUUCUUUCAAAGGUGUCAUCAUGUCAAAGCAGCCGCUGGGCAAGACGUUGUUGAGGAAUGUAAUCCGCCACACAGACGCUCACAACAAGAUCCAGGAGGAGAUGGAGAUGUGGAAAAUGCGAGGCUGGGAGGUCCAAGCAUCUCACCACAAACAUUUGCCAGCUACGGAGUGUGUAAGGGGACGUAUGCAUUGUGAUCGAGUGCCAGAUGAAUCUAGAGACCAGAGUCGAAGCAGAGAGCGCGUCUCGGACCAUGAUGACAGAGAGGCUCGAUACUGGACUCGCAAACUGUAUGAAUUUGAGGCCAAUGAUCCUGACAGAUGGGGACAUAGUGGCUUCAAGGAGCUUUAUCCUGAGGAGUUUAUAAGUGACAGUGAAAAAAACAGUUCCACAAAGAAGAUUGGGCGACACAAAAUUAAAAAGUCCAAGUCUGGUACAGAAACGAGCUUAUCAAAACACUCCAAAAAAUCCUCUCAAAAGAAGAAGAAAAAGAAAAAGAAGAAGAAGAAAGACGAGGAAGGAAAACGAAAGAGAGCGGCGUGCUCGAGCACGAGCAGCGACCGCAGCAGCGAUGACAGCAGUGCGACCAAAGACAAGCAGAGGAGGAAAAGGACUAAAAGUCGACAUAAAAAUAAGAAAACUUCAAAAAGCAGAGGGAGAGAGGAGGACAGCAGCUCAGGGGACAGCGAUGAUCAUGACAACAGAGAAAGGGAGAGACAGACACACAGUCGCAAAAGGCGAAAGCAGGACUCCCACAAAGACUCAGGUUUAGACUCUAAAAAGAAGAGGAGGAAAAACUGGAAAGCAGCAGGUGAGGAGAGCUCGGAUGAUAGUUCGGGAGACUGAGAUGCACGCACAGAUGCAAAGGACUGGUAACGGCCAGGAGAACUACUGCGGAUUCCUUUGUUCACCUUUACUGCACAGAGGGCUUUUCUCUGCAGGGCCAGUCUGUAUUAUACUUUGUUAGACAUCAACAAACCUGUGCUGUCGGUCCUCUCCGUGGGCGUUCUGUGUAGCAAUAUCUCACCACCUCUGCAGCGGCUCGAAGCGCACUGCACAAGAGUGCAGUCAGCAUUCAGAGGCAGCGUGAAGAGGGAUGGAGGGGUAUCCACCACCUAUCUCAUGAAGAAUUCUGUCCGCUGCAGGCACACUGAUUGAUCACUGACUCUCAUCUCAGACUGUGUGCCUCAUGUAGAGACUUGAAUUGACCACUGUUUUUUGUUAUUUAAAAAAAAAAGGCAAAUUAUGCAACUGUCCUCAGUCUCACCAAUUAUGAUAGAAUGUGCAUUUGCUCAUUUUUUUUUUAGAUUUGUAAAUUUUAAUAUUUGUAUGUAGCACAUUGUCAUAGGUGAAAAAUA